UCUUGAAUCUGACCACUUUGGCAGACUUACUGAAACCCAAAUGACUCAAUCAGCAUCUUUCAGUUGCUCUGUUGAAAGAGUUGAUCAUAGCGGUCACUUUGCUCGCAGCUUCUAAUCCGCGUGGGCGCGAGAAAAAAAACAAACCAAAAAAACUCUUCCACCUCCAAGAUGCACCUGAGUAGGUGAGGGGGGCUUUUUCCACACUGAGCACGUCUUUCUCUCCGGCUGUGUCCACUCCCUUUUGGCAGAUUUCCCUCCGAUGCAAUUAACCCAGGAAGAAGAGUUUGUCACGGGGGACUCAACGCCGACCACCGCAGCUCUCCAGUCCGACGGCUGCGCCGGAUCUCCGGCCAAAAUGUGCAGUGAAUGUUACGAGAACCAGUCAUUCGUGAACGAUGAUGGGACCGUGAACGUGAACCACAAGGCACGCUCCUCUCAAGCUCCUCUCCCGACCAACACCAACAGCAGCGGGGUUAUCUUAGACAUCUCCACCCUGAAGAUGGAGCAGCAGGAGAGUGAGGUACUUCCUCUGCCGCCCCGCUUUCGCUUCAGAGACCUGCUGCUCGGGGACCAGAACUUUCAGAAUGAUGACAGGGUGCAGGUAGAGUUUUAUGUGAAUGAAAACACCUUCAAGGAGCGUCUGAAGCUUUUCUUCAUCAAAAACCAAAGAUCAAGUCUUAGGAUCCGUGUGUUCAACUUCUCCCUGAAGCUGCUCACUUGUCUGCUGUACAUCAUCAGAGUGGUGACUGACAACCCUGUCCACAUCGCAGGACAGCAGAACCCUCUCAGUGGCAAAUGUUUUGACAGCCAGUGGAACGGCUCAGUGCAGGACAGAGAAAUAAACUGGGGGUUGAUCUUCUGGGUGGAUAGAAAGCUUCCUGUCUGGGCCAUUCAAGUGAUUGUGGCCAUUAUUAGUUUCCUGGAGACAAUGCUACUGAUGUAUCUAAGCUACAAGGGAAACAUUUGGGAGCAGAUUUUCCAGGUGUCUUUUCUUCUGGAGAUGAUCAAUACUGUUCCCUUCAUCAUAACGAUCUUCUGGCCCUCAAUCAGGAACAUUUUCAUUCCUGUGUUUCUCAACUGCUGGUUGGCCAAGUGUGCUCUGGAGAACAUGAUCAAUGACGUCCACAGAGCGAUCCAGAGGACAAACUCAGCUAUGUUCAACCAGGUCCUCAUUCUCAUCUGCACCCUGCUCUGCCUGGUCUUCACUGG